AUGUACAAACAAGUAUUAAUAAAAAUAGAAACCAAGUAUAAGGUUAUUGAAGAAGCAGUUCAGCUGUUAGAAUGGAAGAUUACUCCUUCAGAUAUUGAAUGCCAUAUCUUUUGGAAAGAUACCUAUGUAACUGAUGAAGAAUAUCGUCGUUUAUUACCAUACUAGAGAAUUAAUCAUUUUCCUGGAUCGUAUAUGUUAGGCAAAAAGAAUGAGCUAUGUCGUAAUUUGAAUAGAAUGCGGAAAAUGUUUCCUGAUGAUUAUGAUUUCUUCCCAAGAACAUGGCAAUUACCUUAUUAAAGUGAAGAGGUCAGAUAAAAAUAAGGAACAGGAAUCUUUAUUGUGAAACCAGAAGCAAAUUGCCAAGGCAGAGGGAUAUUUCUAACCAAAAAGCUGGAUCCCUUUCUUGAUAAGCACUACGUUGUAUAAGAAUAUCUAAGUAAUCCAUAUUUAAUAGAUGGAUUGAAAUUUGAUCUAAGAAUCUAUGUACUCCUAAAGUCUAUCUAUCCAUUGAAGAUAUUUAUGUAUCAAGAGGGUCUCGCAAGGUUUUCAACCAAAAAAUAUGUAAAGCCUUAAAAGAAAAACCUAGGCAGUGUUACAAUGCAUUUGACCAACUAUGCUAUCAAUAAAAGAAGCAAAGAGUUUAUAUUCAAUAAUGACACUAAUAAUGAUGAUGUUGGACAUAAAAGAUCUCUGACAUCUGUAUUGAAAUAUUUGCAAGAUCAAGGUCAAGAUGUAAAAUAAUUAAUAAAUCAAAUCAAACAAGUGAUAGUUAAGACUAUUUAAAGUGUUUAAGGAGAAUUAUCUCAUCUAUAUAGAUCAUAAUAACAUAAUAAUGAUGGGAUUGAAUAGUGUUUUGAGUUAUUUGGAUUUGAUAUUCUUUUAGAUUCUUCACUUAAACCUUGGUUACUUGAAGUCAAUCACACUCCUUCAUUUUCUACUGAUACACCAUUAGAUAAAUUAAUCAAAAGGAAUCUGAUCAGGGAUACUUUGAUUCUUUUAGAUGUUAAAAAUAAACCUAAAAAAAUAUACUUAGAAUAGAAAAGAGCUCCUGUUUAUUAGAGGCCGAUCAAAAUGAGUUUAGAAGAAAAAGAGAAAUAAUCAGCUAAGAUGAGUCAUUUUGAAGAAAAUCACUUAAAUGGUUACAUCAAAAUAUAUCCUGAUGAGAAUAAAGAUUACUAUGAAUAAUUUAUGCCUCCCAAACCUAAAGAAAGAGAGAAUAGAGAGAGUGUGAUCAUUCAAUAGCUUGAUUAAUUUAAGAAUGUAGAAAGAGCAAUAAAAAGCUAGGCUGAAGUUAAACUUCCAUAAUAGAAGAAGAAUGCCAAAAGAUUAUCUACUAACUAGUCUUUCAGUGAUUUGGAUGGUCAGUCUUUAUAAUAAUUAACAGGAAGAAAUAUUGUAAUUCCCUAAACUAGAACCACUUCUUAAUAACGUCCUUUUAGUAGUAUUACAACAAUAAAUAGAACAAUAAGCGCUGUUAGAAAGGCUGCCUUAGCGAAUUAAUACUACAAUUUAAAUCAAUCUUAAAAUUAAAAAAGACUAGUUUAUCCUCCACCAGUAGAACUUCCCCCAAAACCUGUUUACAAAAUGAUUCCAAUUAAAACUUUUAGUUUCUAGAAAAUCGAAAAUAGUCAGAAAAAUGAAUGA